CAGCCACAGCGGAGUUUACAGCUGCUCAGGAGACUGCAGACUGCAGGACAGGGGCGGAACUGCUCUGGCGACUGACCAGUCAAAACAGAGUGGGUGUGGUCGAUGCUGCAGCUGCGUCCCGCGGAGGAGGACGAGUACGCUGCUGAGAGCUUGGAGCUGAACCGCGCCGCGGCUAACGAUGACCACUUCCUGCUGGAGGAGCUGCUGUCACAGGAGCGCUACAGGAAGUGCAUCAACCAGCGCAGCGGCUGGGGCGUUCCCAGCACACCUUUACGCAUGGCCGCCUCUAAAGGUCACCUGCGCUGUCUGCAGCUGCUGCUGGCCCACGGUGCGGAGGUGGACAGCGUAGACGUGAAGGCUCAGACGCCGCUGUUCUCCGCCGUUUGUGGCCGUUACCUUGGCUGUGUUCUGGCUCUGCUCCGCGCCGGCGCCGACCCCAGCGGAAACCUCCGGAACAGCAGCUCCCCCGUGCUGACGGCCGCCCGCGAGGGGGACGCCGAAAUCCUCCGCCAGCUCCUGCGCCACGGCGCCGAGGUCAACGCCAGGUCGAAGGUCACGCUGUGGACGUCCGGCGUGGCCGUGUGCAGCGGGCCGCUCUACCUGGCGGCCGUCUACGGUCACCUGGACUGUUUCAGAAUCCUACUGCUGUACGGGGCCGACCCCAACUACAACUGGCCCGAGGACAAAGCGUCCGGCCGGGCGGUGCCAGCCAGGAAGACGGUGCUGGAGAUGUGCCUCAGACACGGCUGCAGCGUGGAGUUCAUCAGACUGCUGAUCGAGUUUGGAGCCAACGUCUACUUACCUACACUGAUCAUAGAGAAGAGCACCAAACAGAACGAGGCCCUGGAACUGCUGCUGAGAGAGAGAGGCUGUCCCAGGUCGUUGGUGUCUCAGUGCAGGCUGGUGAUCCGUCGGCACCUGAAGCAGGUGAACAGGAUUCAGGCUAUAGACUGUCUGGACGUGCCUCCGAGACUCUUAAACUAUCUCAAACACAAGCCUACGGACUGCAGCGCUGCCCACUGACCGCUUCACACGCUCGGCCGUGCCUUCAGAACCUUCCACAGACGAGAGAGAGAGAGAGAGAGAGAGAGAGAUGUAAAUAAACGAUACAGACUGGAAUAUUGUACUCAAAUAGACUCAUCUCUGUGUGUCAGUUUACAACCUGGAGUCUGACUGGAGUGAUCAGUGAAGGGGAACUCCACAGUUUUUUCAAGUUUUUUGCUUAGUGAUAGGAAUCAGACGUCACCAUGACUACAGCACAAAUAUAGACAUUUUAUUUACUAUCCAGAACCACCAGUGA